AUGUCUGAUCGAGAAGACAUCCCAGACACCACUACCCCCGAUGGUGGACUGGUCACCACCAGUCCUGUUACUGAUACCCAAAUCCCACCUGAAAUCACCUCCACUCUUACCGAGGAUACGAGUACGAAGACUAUGAAUACGGCCCUCACAUCUUCUACCGAUUCGCAAACACUCAUGCCAACUGCUCUCGCGGAAGAAGCUACAGAAUCAUCCACCACAACAGCUCCAUCACAGUCACAUACCUACUCGAGCUUGAUUGAGAGUGAUACAAAUCUCUUACAAUCCACUUCGACAGGACCUACCGAACCUUCCACCCUGGCCGAGCCUAUCACCUCAAGUGCUUCAUCCUCCCAUUCUUCCCUCACAGCAAAUAUUGCCAGCUCCCAGACUACCAUUACGUCCAGAACAACUGAGCAUUCCUCAAGCGCUGUGACCACUGAUCGAUCCAGCACCGCGUUGACGAGUUCUAGUAGCUCAACCACUAUCAGUACGAGUGAAAGUCACACUGACACGACCUCACCUACUAUCACCACAUCUAUCCCACCUGUACCUCCACCAGUCUCAUUCUUCACCUCGUCUUCCCCAAUACCCUCCGAGCAAACAUCCUUGUCUUCAACCCCUUUCACCGAAUCAACAUACGAACCCUCCGCUCCGACCACAUCAGAGCAACACGAUACCUUGGAACCUUCGCAGCUGGCUUUGGCCAACUUGCAGGUCGACUCGACCUCUGGGCAAAUAGGUAGUUCGACAUCUUCUUCGCAGGUGAUUAGCAUUACUUCUACUACACCCAUUGGCUCAAAUGCGGCGAAUUCGAAGCCCACUGCUACUGAUAGUCCCCCUGCGGAGGACGGGAGUGCGACAAGCGAUGGUACCUCUGUAACGCCCGGUGCUGAUUCUGCUCACUCCAAUUCAAAUCCUGAUACGAAGGAUGGUGGAGGGGGCAAACUCAGUUCUGUGGCUAUUGUUGGUAUAGUGGGCGGAGUUUUAGUAGGCUUGAUACUACUGUAUCUUGCAUGGUAUCAAUGGCGAAAGAAGAAGGCUCGAGAAGCACUACUUGGCAUUUCCGACGAUCCAAUGGACGAGAAAUUCUCACCAACUAUGCAUCCAAGUCGAGUUACCCGAUCAUCAUUCGGUGCGGCAGAUCCUAUCACUCCUUAUAUUUAUCGUCAGAGAGGGAAUAGACCUGGAGAAGUGACGGACGAUGAUGACGAUGAAGAUUGGUAUGAUCCUAAUGCGAUUGAUCAAUUUGUCCCAUACUCGUACGACAAUAACGCCGGAAACGGGAGAAGACAGACUCAAUAUAUGGUUACCUCCUCCAAUCCUCACUCCGUGACGAAUCGAAAUCCAUUUGAAGACAAUCUAUUCUAUCCCAGCAAAACUGCUUUACCUACCAGUGAUGGAACUACGAAUUACACUUAUGAUACAGAAGCUGAGAUGAAGAUGACUGCUUCUUUGGCUGAAGACAUGUCUCCCGAGUUGUUACGCCGAGAAGCUUCUCAACGAUCCCGUAACGAUGCAACAAUCGAAAACCCUUUCGUACCUCCUAUACCAAACGGUAAACUAGGGAGAAACGAGACUGUUCGAACAGUCAGGACUAUCCCUGCUGUACCAUCCGACGUAGACGGUAUGAGCAUUUACGAAUCAUACACGACCAGUGGUCAAGGUACUAGACCACAUUCAGCAGUUUCAGCAUAUACCGAACCUCCUACUUCAAAUUUGUUACCUUGGAUCAAUAAAAGCAUUGAUCCCGCGCUUUCACAAGAGGUAGAACGUGUGCCGCCAGUGCCCACGCAGAUGAACGUUGAUAUGAUACCAAACAUGACUAAUUUGGAGCAAGAGAUCCGACAACCACCUAGAGCUAUGAUGAAUCAGAUUCCAAGUAAAGAGGUUCCGAAGGGACAUGGAGGUGAAUUGGCGGAGAUACCCAUUCCGAGUUUCAGAUAA